AUGGACACUUUGGAGCAGGCCAGGGACAUCCAUCAAAACAUAAUUAAUGGAGGAUUUUUGUUAGAUACUGGAGUUGGAAAUGUUGCAGCAGAGAUGAAUGCAAAACGUGGAGCACAGAGCCAAAAACCGAAUAAGGUGCUUUUCAUCACUGUUUCACAAAGCCCAAAUCUCAAAGGAAUAUUAGAGACCAUGUGGGAGAAACUUUUUGAAAAGAAGAAACCUGAGUUUCAGAAUGUUGAGGAUGGGCAAAGACAGCUGCAGCAACAACUUCUUAAACAAGAGAAACCAAUUCUAGUGAUACUGGAUGAUGUUUGGUCCAGAUCAAGUCUGGAUAAAUUACUAUUCGAAGGCAGAGGAUACAAGACCCUUAUAACAACAAGAGACAUUUCUAUUAUCCCCAAAAAUCCCUGUACUAAACUGUAUCAAUUACCAUUGUUGAGCCAAGGAGAUGCUCUGUCCCUUUUCUGCUUCUGGGCUUUUGGACAGACAACAAUUCCAGCAACUGCAGAUGCAAAUCUAGUAGAGGAGGUGCAAGCAGAAUGUGGAGGCCUACCACUUGCUCUGAAGGUGAUUGGAAGCACUUUGCAUGGGGAACCUCAAGUGGCUUGGGAAAGGGCAAAGAGCAGGCUCUCCAAAGGAGAAUCUAUAUCAGAUUAUCACAGAGAAGGCUUACUUGAAUGCUUAGCGACUAGUAUUGAUUUGUUGGAUGAUAUAGUGAGAGAAUGUUUCCUAGACUUAGGAUCAUUUCCAGAGGACAAGAAAAUCUGUGCUGAUACACUAUUGGAUAUUUGGGUUAAUGUUAGAAAAUUAGAGUGGCAAGAUGCCUUUGUCAUCCUAUUGGAACUUGCAGGCAGAAACCUUUUGAAUUUAAUUAGCAAUCCAAGGUGAACUUCUCUAAUCUU